AAUUUUAAGUGGCCACAUUAUGGGACCUUUGAUAUUUUUAGAGUUGUUGUUGCGGGCGUCGGUUUGAAAUUGCAAAACUCAUCUCGCUGUUCAACAUGUGUGUUUGUGGAGAAGAUGCGUGUUGGAUACUUUGCUGUGGUAAAUAUAAAUUCCUCCUUCGCUCAGCCUGGAUAGUACUGUUCAUAACCACAUUGAUAGACAUAAGCGCUAUUCUAGCCUAUUGGUAUCUUGCACCUAAAGCUUUGGACUCCAAACCUGGUUUGAAACUCGCCUUAAUACUCCUAGUGGCAGUACUCCUUCUCUAUUUCUUUUCUACUUUACUCAGUGGUUUCAUCAUAAUGAAGUUAUCUCCAAACAAACGUGAAUUAAGUGAAUUUCCGACAUCGAAUAGGACUAGAACCGGAAAUCGCCUAACAAGUUUCGGACUACAUCCGAUGCCAUAUUCGGACGGAUUUCGUCGUGUCUUACCCAACAAUGCUCCAGCAGCUCCUUCUUAUCGAAAUGCACCAAGAAUUGACUCAACGAAUCAACAAAAUAGGCAUAUCAACGUCAGAGAAAACGCAAGAUCGAAUAUAGACUUCAGAAACUACAGUAAUCCCUCCGAAAAUCUCAACCUGAAUGAUGCGUUUGUUAAUAGGCAUAACGCUCAAUCCUGUGACGAACUUUCUGAAGUCCUAGUUGUGCCGAAAGUUGUCAUUACUAGGCCAGAAAAUUCUGCUCCCACUUACGAAAACAUUGAAGCUGAUGUUUGCGAAUCUUCUAAGAGUCUAAACAAUUUGGGCUCUAGUACAAGCACAACUGUUACACCUCAGAAUGGGACACCAAAUUUACCACGGAACCUUGAGGCUCAAACUUGCGAUCUUUCUUCUAAGAGUCAAAGCAACUUGUGCUCUUGUUCUAAUAUUGCAUUUCGAAACAAGCCAAAGAACUUGCCACAGAAAACUUUUUACCGGUCCGGUGUAAGUCGUACAUCUUCUGCUGUUGAAAAACCAUAUCUAAAAACUAGAGUCAAUCAGUCAAAUGUAUACUCAAGCAAUACCAAUCUCGCAAACAGACGUUUAUUUUCUAGAUCUGAAAGCUACGUUAAUAGACCUGUUACUAAUGCAGAUGAAAAAACUUUAGAAAUGUCUAUAAAUCAGAACACAACUUCAAGAAGAGUGGACCGCAAUCCCACAAUCAGAUCUGACUUUUCUUCUGGCUCUGAAACCACCGGUUCAGAAAUCUCUGAACAGUAUAAAAAUCAAUCAUUUACUAUAACUCGCAAAACAAACUCUUUUUUAGCUAAAUCUCAGCCAGUGGAUAAUCAAUAUAGGCGAUAUGUUGUUGAUAAACUUCCUAUCACAUCGAAUCCUCAAACACAAAUGCUGUUCAAAGCAAUUAUGAAAAGUGAAGAACUAUUUGAGCAGACCAAUAAUGCCCCGAAAACGAAUUAUGUGGUAAAAACUGUACCAGUACAAGUAUAAAAUUAUACAUUUUUUAAAGAAUCCUAGCAAAUCAUUGUAUUAGUAUAUAAUAGUUUGACAAAAGACGAUUAAAUCGUCUGUAUAACACUUUAAUUUUGAAAUGAAUAUUUACUACAUGUAUUCUGAAUCGAAUAUACAUAAGUUGUUUUUAUACACCCAAUUCUUAAAUAUUUAACAAAUGGAGUUUUUCCUGCUAUAUUUUAAUUCAGCAUUCAAAAAAAAAUUAUACAUAUAUUCAUAUUUCAUCUCGCAUAUUGUUAUACAUUUCUUUUUGUCUAAAAUACAAAGAGAUUGUAAUCAUUUUUAUAUAAUAAAAUUUUAUAGAAAUAA